AUGAAGAUUCCUUUCUUUAUACUUACAGUUUUUCUCUUCCCUCUCCUCUCUGCCACGGUCACCGCUGCUUCAAAGCAUGGUGCACCACAGGAUCCGGUACGUUCAGCGUGCAUCCAUGCCAGUUACCCUGGGCUCUGCCUUCGCAUGCUAUCUUCCUAUUCUGGCUCUGCCAACACCCCACGAGUCUUGGCCCAGGCUGCCGUCAAGGUGAGCCUGUCCUGUGCUCGAAAAUUGUCAAGCUACUUGACGACGGUAACUGUUACGGGGAAGAGCAAGAGGGAACGAGCUGCAGUUAGUGACUGUAUGGAGCAGGUAGCUAAGUCGGUAGACGAGUUGAGCAAGACACUGGGUGAGUUGAGGCGCUUGAGAGGGGAAACUUUCGAAUUCCAUAUGAGCAAUGCACAGACAUGGGUGAACGCGGCGUUAACAAACAAGGACACGUGUCUUAAUGAGUUUGAAGGAGUUGAUGGGAAGAAGAUGAUCAUGAGUGUGGCUAAGGUUACCAGUAAUGCUCUUUAUAUGAUUAAUAGGCUUGAUGGAAGUCAAGGUAGAGACCAGUUGAAUCCUUGA